CGUCCCGCUGAGUGAGAUGGUUCGGUCCGCUGAGGCGGAAGUAAGCGCUCUGGAACGCAGUGUGAGUGUGUGUGUGAUGAAGUUGGAGUUGUGUGUUUAUCCGCUGUCUUGUGUUGUUCAAUGUGUGUGUGUAUAUGUUUGAGAGAGCCGUGUCCGCGAGUCAGUAUGAGGCGGAGAGAGAAGAGGUUUCUGCAGGUUGUUGUGUUGAUCAUCGCCGCGCUGCUUUUCCUCCACAGCGGCGCUCUGAGGAACUCCACCACCGGAAACACCGAGCUCUCUCACACACAGGGAGUACUCAGGAAGCUGAAGCCUGAAGACAGAGUGGGCAGUCAGAGGAGGAAAGACUGGCACGACUAUGAGGCUAUAAAGAGAGAUGCAGCACGAACAGGAAACGGAGAGCAGGGUAAAGCGUUCCCUCUGACUGAUGCAGAACGAGUGGAUCAGGCUUACAGAGAGAACGGCUUCAACAUUUACGUCAGCGACAGAAUCUCACUCAACAGAUCACUGCCUGACAUCCGCCACCCAAACUGUAAACACAAGCUGUAUGCUGAGAAUCUCCCCAACACCAGCAUCAUUAUUCCGUUCCAUAACGAGGGCUGGAGUUCGUUACUGCGCACCGUGCACAGCAUUCUGAACCGCUCACCACCUCACCUCAUCACCGAGAUCAUCCUCGUAGACGACUUCAGUGACCGAGAACACCUGAAGGCCCCGUUGGAGGAGUACAUGGCCCGGCUGCAGAAGGUGCGCAUUGUUCGCACUCAGAAGCGUGAGGGUCUGAUCAGGACCAGACUGCUGGGGGCAUCGCUCGCUAUGGGACAGGUCAUCACCUUCCUCGACUCGCACUGUGAGGCUAACGUCAACUGGCUCCCCCCACUCCUGGAUCGUAUUGCGCAGAACCGUAAGACGAUUGUGUGCCCGAUGAUUGACGUGAUCGAUCAUGAUAACUUCGGCUACGAGACCCAGGCAGGAGAUGCCAUGCGUGGAGCGUUUGACUGGGAGAUGUUCUACAAACGCAUCCCCAUCCCCCCCGAGCUGCAGAACCGCGACCUGAGCGAACCCUUCGAGUCUCCAGUGAUGGCCGGUGGACUGUUUGCUGUAGACAGGAAGUGGUUUUGGGAAUUGGGAGGAUAUGAUAUGGGACUCGAGAUCUGGGGAGGAGAACAGUAUGAGAUUUCCUUUAAGGUAUGGAUGUGUGGAGGUCGUAUGGAGGACAUUCCCUGCUCUCGGGUCGGCCAUAUAUACAGGAAAUACGUUCCUUACAAAAUGCCUGGAGGAGUGAGCCUAGCUAGGAACCUGAAGCGAGUGGCGGAGGUGUGGAUGGAUGAGUAUGCAGAGCAUAUUUAUCAGCGGCGGCCGGACUAUCGCCCGCUGUCUGUGGGAGACUUGAGUGCACAGAGGGAACUCCGCCUCCGUCUCGGCUGCAAGAGCUUCCACUGGUUCAUGACUGAGGUGGCCUGGGACUUACAGCACCACUACCCUGCUGUGGAGCCCCCUGCUGCAGCCUGGGGGGAGCUGCGUAACAUGGGCAGUGGGCUGUGUGUAGAGAGUAAACCAUCGGCGUCCGGUUCUCCUCUCAGACUGGAGCCGUGUGUCAAAGGUCGAGGGGAUGCGCUGUGGAAUCACGCACAGGUGUUUACAUUUGGGUGGAGGGAGGACAUCAGGGUUGGAGAUCCUCUACACACGAAGAAAGUGUGUUUAGACGCCGUUUCACACAGCAGCCCUGUCACACUGUACGACUGUCACGGCAUGAAGGGCAACCAGCUGUGGAGAUACAGGAAGGACUACACUCUGUUCCACCCGGUCAGUAACAGCUGUAUGGACAGCGACUCGUCUGAUAAACGGAUUUUCAUGAACUUGUGUAAUCCGGCAUCUCUGAGUCAGCAGUGGAGAUUUGAGAAUGUCAACAUCACUGUUCUAGAGCGGUUCAACAGGAACCUGCCUGCAUUGUGAGAACCUCAGUUUCAGAACAUCUGCAGUUUUACCAGCUGCUUUUCUGCACAUGUGGAUUAGUUUCAGGUUCUGGGCAGAGCAGGGUUUUGGGAUGUGGAUUGGAGCUGAUGGAUUCUCUAAAGGAGAUUUUUUAUUUGAUUUUCUUUUAUUUUCGCUGCAUUAGAGGAACUGUGUGUAUCUGUGUGUGUGUGUGUGUGUGUGUGUGUGUGUGUGUGUGUGUGUGUGUGUGUGUGUGUGUGUGUGUGAAGUGUGUAAAUGAGGCACACUGAUUUAUUAUGAUCCGUAGAUCACACGCUGGAAUGUGAAGCUGUUAAACCUGCGUACGACGAUAGCAGAUCACGUGACAUCACGGUUUACGAUGUCAUCACAGUAUUUUAUUUAAAACUCAAAAGUUAAAUCUUAAACGUGUUCCUCGGUCUGAGCGACCUUUCUGGCCACCGUCUUCUUCACACACUCCGCUUCAAAAUCAGAACAAUUCCCCAGGACUGUAGACAUGCUCACUACCUAGGCACCCUAAUUCUGAAUCCUGAAUGGAACACAGCACAAUAAGUGUGUUGUGGUUGGCGGGGGUGGGGGUAUUUGGCAUCACUAAUCAUUAUGAAAAUGUGUAUUUGCACUUUCCUGCAUAUUUCUGGGGGAUUUCUUUCUUUACUUCUGGAUGUUAUUAAAAGUCGCUGGGUUUUCUUCUGUUUAAUUCUGUCUGAUACAUAAAAUCUACAAUUCUAUUAUUAAUCAACAUUAAAUUUAAAAUUAUAUGGAUUCAAAUUAUUGUUUAAUUUAGUUUCUGGAACCAAAGUUGGGUUUUGUCCCGAAAGCUUGAGUUCCAGUGUAAUUGAAGAACACGAAGAUCUUGAUGAAUUUAUUGAAUGAACAGUUUGAUAAAAUUCUAUUUUGUAUAUUUUUAUUUUCUUGUUGUUGUUUUUUUACCUUUACAAAAAUGUGAGAUGAUUUUUAAAUACAACAACAACGUGGAGAGAAAUGCUGAAAUUUGUAUGUGUAGCGAAUCCCAGAAGAAAUUAUAUAUUUUUCUACAUAAAAUUAAAUCUAUUUCAGUAAUGAAUAUGAAAAUGGAAUUACAACAUUUUAAUGAAAAAUAUAAAAUAAAUGGUUUUGUAUCUGUCUAUCAGGGUCAGGUAUAAAAUCUGAUAUCUAAA